CCCCGGGCGGCGCCCAGAGGGCAGCCAGGGGCCCACCAGGCCGGGGCGCCGGGACGGAAGGAAAAUGACCGAGAGGAAUAACCGGAGGCGGACGAUGAAGAAGGACGAUGAGGCCUACGAGAUCUCCAUCCCCUUCGAGGAGACGCCCCACCUAGAGCCCCAGAUCUUCUACAGCCUCAGCCCUCCCCAGAGCAACUUCGAAGAGCUGCCGGAGCCGCCCCCGCCCGCCCUGGCGCUGAUGAGCAGCAUGAAGACCCAGCUGCACAUGGCCCUGGAGCGUAACUCCUGGCUGCAGAAGCGCAUCGAGGACCUGGAGGAGGAGCGGGACUUUCUGCGCUGCCAGCUCGACAAGUUCAUCUCCUCCGCCAAGGUGGACGCCGAAGAUCACUGCCGCAGCAAGCAGCCCCCGCGGCGGGCGGAGGCGGCCGAGAGCCGGCCCGGCGAGGCCACGGACAACGAAAGCCUGGCGUCCUCGCUCAGCGCCGCCUCGGAGCAGGGCGGCUCCACUGAGCGCAAGAAGCAGAAGCAGAAGGGGGGGGUGAGCCGGCGGCGCUUCGGCAAGCCCAAGGCCCGCGAGCGCCAGCGAGUCAAGGACGCUGACGGGGUGCUGUGCCGCUACAAGAAGAUCCUCAACACCUUCCAGAAGCUGAAGAGCAUGAGCCGGGCCUUCGAGCACCACCGGGUGGAUCGCAACACGGUGGCGCUGACCACGCCCAUCGCCGAGCUGCUCAUUGUGGCGCCCGAGAAGCUGGCCGAGGUGGGCGAGUUCGACCCGUCCAAGGAGCGGCUGCUGGAGUACUCGCGCCGCUGCUUCCUGGCGCUGGACGACGAGACCCUCAAGAAGGUGCAGGCCCUCAAGAAGAGCAAGCUGCUGCUGCCCAUCACCUACCGCUUCAAGCGGUGAUGGGGCCCCCUACUGCCCCCCUACUCCGGGACCCGUCACUCUGCAAACUGCCCUAUCCCACUGCUGACACCAGCGCUGCCCCCUGGGACGCCCUCAAGCCACCCUAUCCCACUGCUUGUACCAACACUGCCCUCGGACUCCCUCAAACCAUCCUAUUCCACUGCUGACACCAGCGCUGCCCCCUGGGACGCCCUCAAGCCACCCUAUCCCACUGCUCGUACCAACACUGCCCUGGGACUCCCUCAAAUCAUCCUAUUCCACUACUACCACCGCGGCCGCCCCCAUCCCCUGGGAUCUGUGAUCCCGUGAAUUGGCCUAUUCCCACGCUGUCCCUCAAGACUCCCCUGAACUAUCUCACCAAUGCUGCCCCCACCCCCCAGCAUCUGUCACCCCACGAACCUGCCUAUCACACUGCUAACACCAAACACUGCCCCCUGAGACCCCCUCGAACCAUCCUAUCCCACUACUAACACCAACGCCGCCCCUCUGGGGCCUCUUGAACCACCCUAUCCCAUGGCUGACACAAAUACAUACCCAGUCCCUGCUGCCCAUCACCUCAGGCAGCAAUGGGAUACCCCCCCCCCCCAAACACACUACUGCCCCCUAGGACACUUCCUCCCACUGCUACCACAAAUAUUGCCCCCCAGAUCACCUCUUGCUUCAAGCAAUGAUGGGACUAGGGCCCUAUCCCGCACUGCUGCCCGUCACCUCUCACUUCUGGGAGUAAUGUCAUAUCCCACCCCCACCGCACGUGAUCCCACUUCUGCCACCAUCGCCCCUGGCACUGCCGCCACCCUCUAUUGCUUCAAACAAUGGUGGGACCCUGCCCUGCUCCAACAGGCCCCCCCGCUACCAUCCACCCCCCCACACUCCUGCCACUCCAGCUCCAGCUCCUUCCUUCUCCUGUCCCAUUCCUCUGCCAGUGCCCUGUGGUCACCGAAUCUCUCCACCCCAACGUGUGAUGAAUGGCUUCGUUCCUCCCUCUUUCUGUGCACACCACCUGCUGGUCUCAGCACAGCCGGGGAGCCAGGACGCCUGGGUUCUCUCCCCGGCUCCGGGACAGGAGCGGAGUCUAGUGGUUAGAGCGGGCAGGUUCUCCUGGGUUCUGUUUGCCCUCUCUGGGGCCUUGGAGUCGUUCCAUUUUUCCUCCCCACUGGCGGAGUGGGGCUGAGUGUCAUGGGGCGGAGCAAGGCGUGGGUGUCGGUUCUGGGAGGGGGCUGUGCCUCCCACUCCUGUCCCAGGCCUGCCCAUGGGAGCAGCUGAGCUGCUGGGCCAUUGGGGAGGUUGGCAUCAGGGCCAUUCCCACACCCCUGCCCUGGGGUAGGAGGCCUGGGCUAGCAGGGGCUGGGCUGGGCUAGCCGGGGGGGCCACGAGCUGGGGGCUUUCUUGUGGCUCAAGGGGUUCUGGUGACGGGUGGGGUGGGGCUGGCUGGACCAGGCUCCAGGAGUCGGGUCAGGUAGGAAAACGCCCGGCUCUCCUGCCCGUGAGGUCGGUCUGGCUGGGUUGUGGGAAUGGGCCACAGGAGGGGGAGGGGGGCUGGCCCCCCGGGCGGGAGCUGGCACUGGAGGAAGGGGGGUGGGGUCAGGCUGGGAAACAAUUUGACCCUCUUGGACUUGCGUCCACUUCAGGCCUAAAAAUUAGGCCUGAGCAGAGCUCUGUGACUCAGCGGGGUGGGGGAUGGGACAUGGGGCCUUUCCCUCCUAUGGGGAGCCUGCUCUGAUCUGAACCCCAUGGACUGG